GAGUGUAAUCAAUCUAGAUGAGUGAGCAUGGGUGUAGGCGAAGUGCUUGUCUGAAUAUGUAGUCCAGGAAAAGCCGGAAUUGUAGUCCAUGGUCUGUUGUGAGUGAGAACCAGUCAAUCUAGUGGAAUACGAUCGCUGGUAAUCGUGACAGUAAUAGAGUGUGUAUGAGAAUAUGAGGGUGUAUGAGUGUUUCCCAGUACUGGGUUGCAGCUGAAAGGGCAACCGCUGCGUAAAACAUAUGCUAGAAUAGUUGGUGGUUCAUUCUGCUGUGUGGACCCCUGAUGAAUAAAGGGACUGAGCCAAACAAAAUAAAUGAAAGUUGUAUUUUCCAGUUUGUGCUGAAAAAAUAGAAAAAAUAUCAUCAAAAUUGUUAAAUUCAAAAGGAAAUUGCUAUUCCAGGAAACACCGGUAUACCUAAAAAUAAAAAUAUAUAUAAAGUUUACGCACACACAUAUUGCAAAAUGUGCAUUAAAAUAGGUGGACAUAAACAGCUAUUGACAUCCACAGUAAAUUAAAUAAAUAAACAAAAGUUAAUAUCUGCCAGUUUUCAACAUUCUUCAAAGUAUCUUCCUUUGUGUUCAACAGAACAAAAAAAAAACUCAAACAGGUUUGGAGUCAAGGGUCAAGAGUGAGUAAACCAUGACAGAGUUUUCACUUUCUGAGUAAAGCAUUCCUUUAAAGUCAGCUGUGCGCCUGCAAAACACCCGAGCAGAUCUUCAAUGUGCUGUUUAUGUCCUCCAGAAUACCGAGGUUUAAGUGAACAAGGAUCCACAACACUAUACGAGUGACUCAGACGGAUGGAGACGCUCCCUGCGCAGUGAACAUGCAGCGGCACGCAGACAGCAGGAACACAGGCCGAGUGUGUGCGUUCAUCUGUGCUUCAGUCCGCAGGUAAGACGCGCUCAGAUCUGUGUUUUUCCCGCCGCUGCUACUGUUUGUUUGAGUGUUUGCUUCAGGACGGACUCUCGAAGAUCAUGUGUUAGAAGAGUUUGUUUGGUUUUGUCCUCGUCUUUCCGGUUUUCUCUGCUCUGAAGGCUUUGGAUUAAUUUACAGAGAGCCGCUGGUGUCUGUAGUGACCCACAAACAUGCUUUAGCUUCUCUCAAGUCUUCUAGUUCUGGAGGAGUUCACAAGCACGCAGCUCGCGUGAGUCGUGUUACAGAGUAAGAGCGUGGCAUUCCUGGACAUGAGUUCUGCAUCAACUUGAGCUUGAUGAAGAGCGGAGACACAGAAGGCGCUGGAUGAAGGAGUGUGUCUCACUCAGGUCCUUUACUGCUGCUCAGACUCUGCUGGAGGAAAUGAACAGCUGAACUGAGGAAAACACUCGAUCUUACAGGCCGCCAGAAUGUUCCAGAGGAGGAAGAAGAAGAAGAGGAAGUUGGAGAUCUCCACACCUAAGAACUUCCAGCACCGCGUGCACACUUCUUUUGACCCAGUUCAGGGUUGUUUUAUCGGGUUGCCGCCGCAAUGGCAGAGCCUCAUAGAGACGCUGAAGAGGCCCAAACCAGUGGUGGACCCGUCCAGCUUCACACAGGUGCAGGUCAGACCACAGAAGAGCAUCGUUCGUGGAAGUUUCAUCGGACACGAGGACUACAUUUCAGCGGCGAUCGCUCAGAUGAGCCGACUCUCCGUCACCAGCUCCAACUCUUUAAGAAGAAGGAGUCCGUCUGUGAGAAAAAGAGCGCAAUCAUUAGGUCGACUGGGGGAAUUAGCAGAAGCAGAGACUUAUGAAUAUGAGGAACUCAAUAAUACUAACCACAGGAAUAGUUCAGAUUUACACAGAGGAUCCAGACCGAUCCAGAGUCCGCAAACUGAGUCUAGACAAUCACCAGCAAGAGCUCGAUCCGUUCACGAGGCGACCAUGUUUACAGGACUGAUGCCCAGAGAUAUCUUACUGCACAGGGCUGGGUGUGAAGGAACCGAUAAUGCUGGGAAUAAACCAAACCAGAGGCCGGUGUCGUGUUUGUACAGCCAAAGUGAUGGAGCCAAACUGAACUCGGAUCAGCUGAAGAUGGAGACGCAGAGGAGGCCGCAGUCUACCUAUGACUUUAAGGUCAAUUCUCCAAAUCUUCCAGCUGCAUCUAAACCCAAUGGCACCAGCAGUCCAAAACCAGGCCAUGGGAUAAUCUCUAUGCAGACGCCUCGCCGUUCCUCCACUGAUAACACCCUCAAACUCUCCACUAUCCCAGCCGAUGUUCCUCCAGCACAGGACAGCCCGUCAGAGCCCAGACAGGCCCCAAGCGGAGCCUCGUCUCCUGGGCUGACAGAGCCCAGCGUCACACACACACAGUUCAGAGCCGCGCUGCAGAUGGUGGUGGAUCCGGGAGACCCGCGCUCAUACCUGGAGAACUUCAUCAAGAUCGGGGAGGGCUCGACUGGGGUGGUGUGCAUCGCCAGAGAGAAGCACAGCGGACGACAGGUGGCCGUCAAGAUGAUGGACCUGCGCAAACAGCAGAGGAGAGAGCUGCUCUUCAAUGAGGUGGUGAUCAUGCGGGACUACAGGCAUCAGAAUGUGGUGGAGAUGUACAAGAGUGCGCUGGUUGGUGAAGAGCUGUGGGUGAUCAUGGAGUACCUGCAGGGCGGCGCUCUCACCAACAUCGUCUCAGAGACCAGGCUGACAGAGGAGCAGAUAGCAACGGUGUGUGAGUCUGUCCUGCAGGCUCUGUGUUAUCUUCACUCUCAGGGAGUCAUCCACAGAGACAUCAAGAGCGACUCCAUCCUGCUGACGUUGGACGGCAGGGUCAAGCUGUCAGACUUUGGCUUCUGUGCUCAGAUCAGUAAAGACGUACCCAAGAGGAGGUCUCUGGUCGGGACUCCAUACUGGAUGGCACCGGAGGUGGUUUCUAAGACGCCGUACGGCACUGAGGUGGAUAUUUGGUCUCUGGGCAUCAUGGUGGUGGAGAUGGUUGAUGGAGAACCUCCGUAUUUUAGCGAAACACCAAUUUCUGCUAUGAAGAGACUGAGAGACGAGCCGCCGCCGACCGCCAGAAACGCCAGCAAGAUCUCUCCUGUCCUGCGGGACUUUCUGGACUCCAUGUUGACCCGUGAGCCGCAGCAGAGAUCCAGCGCAUCUGACCUGCUCCAGCACCCGUUCCUGCUGCAGUGUUCAUCACCCCGCUGCCUCAUCCCACUGGUUGAGCAGACCCGCAGACGCACAUCCCGCUGCUGA